ACAUGUGGGGUUGAGAGAGAGAAAGAGAGCGUGGUUAAUAUGAUUUCUCUUCUCAGAACUGGUUGACAGCCUUGGGAUCGAAGGCAGAGAUUUUCAUCAUGGCAUAGAAGAAGUAUACAAAUAUACAAUCAUCCGCCUGUAAUUGCAGAGAGAGUGCAAAAUAACAUAUAGCCUAGCUACACAGAGAGAGAGAGAGAGAGAGAGAGAGAGAGAGAGAGAGAGAGAGAGAGAGAGGAUUGAAUUUAAAAAAAUAAAAAAAUAAAAAAAAAAGUGAGAGAGAGAGGUAAGGAGAUGAUAUAACUACACGCUCUUUCUUUCUUUUCAAGGCUACUUUAAUCAACACAUGAGGAUGUAAACUUGAAAGAGUAAAGAGGAAAACUCAGAAAAGUGGCUUGGCUUAGCUAAAAGCAAACCGAGCAAGGUAUGUGGGUGUCACACCUGAAUAACUGGGUUUUCUUUCUUCGAAUUGAGUGAUAGAUUCUUGGAGCUAAUUAGCUAUAAUUAGGUUUAAUUUAUUACUGCUUAUCUUGGGAUUUUCAAGCUUUUUCAAAAAAAAAACAAAAAAACAAUUAUAUCAUUAACUAUGGAGUCUGCAAAUUUCCAUCACCAACAACAUCAUCAGCUCCAAGAGAAUCUUGUUAGGUCUUCUUCUUUAGCAGCUACUACCCCAUCUUGCUAUGCAGUUGGAACCAAGCCUGCUUGGACCCCUACUACCACUUUGAGCAGUAGUGGUAACUCAUUACCAAAUUCAAGCUUGGACACCCUCAACAGUUCCCUGGUUCCGGACUUGGGUUUUCACUGGCUUACUAAUAUUACUAGUGAUCAUCAAUCUGCCCAUGACCUUGUUAAAAUUAAGGAAGAGCUCUCAUCAUCAUCCUCAUUAGAUCAUCACAGUUCCUUCCCAAAAUUAACAGAAAUGCUAACCGCGGCCACGUCGAGCAGUAGCAUUGAUCAUGACCAAUAUUUCCAAUUCAUGAAAAAUGAGCAAAAAGAUCAAAUGAUCAUGAAUGAUCUCAGUGAGAAGCUCUUGCUCAAGACAUUGUCUUCUAGAUGCCAAAUGAAUAGUACUAUUAAUUCUCAUCAUCAUCAAAUUCCACCAUCAGCUAGAGAUCACCAUCAAUUUUACUCAAAUGAUCAUCAUCAUCUACUCCACAACUCUAAUCUAAUGGGAGGUGUGCCGUUGGCGAUGCCUAGCAGAUCAGCCGGGCACUUCAGCCAAAUCUAUCCGAGCAUCAACGUUUCCAACUUGAACCGGUCGUUAUCUUCGUCUACACUCUCGAGCUCUAGCUUGGACAUGAAAUUGCAGGCCAUGGAUCUCUUAGGUGCUUCUGCAGGAUUUAGUACUGGGGAUGGUAGUAGUUUUAGUACUACGCCUACUAAUUCACAUGAUACUCUUGGCUUAUACAAUGGAAGGCAUAACUCGUUUGGUACUCUUGAACAGAUGCACCAAGGAAAGGUAUCGUCUUUCGACAAUGAAAUGACAGAAGUGAAGAGACCCGGCAGUUUGAUUGAGACAAAAGCAACUCAAGCAGCUGCACCAAAGAAAUCGCGAUUAGAGUCGCGCAAUUCAUGCCCACCCUUUAAGGUUAGGAAGGAAAAAUUAGGAGAUAGAAUCGCAGCUCUUCAGCAAUUGGUAGCACCUUUCGGCAAGACAGACACAGCAUCUGUACUAAUGGAGGCUAUCGGAUACAUCAAAUUCCUUCAAAACCAGGUCGAGACAUUAAGCGUCCCAUACAUGAAGUCAUCACGCAAUAAGACCUCUAAAACAAUAUUACAAGGGGGCAUGGCGGAGAUCAAUGGAAAUGGAGAGACAAAGCGAGAUCUCAUAAGUAGAGGGCUCUGCCUCGUGCCACUGUCAUGCAUGUCUUAUGUGACUGGUGACGUCGGCGGUGGUGGCGGCAAUGGCGGUGGUAGCCUUUGGCCAACUCCUAACUUUGGUGGAGGGACUUAAAUUAAUGAGUAUGAUUACAUAUGGUCAAUAUCAUAUAAUCAAGUUAAAAGUCUUGGUCAACUAAAUACUUGGCUAUUCUUUUCGAUAAGUGAUUUACGCGCAUUUUUUUCCUUACACAGUACCUUCGUUUAUUUGUGGCAACGGAUUCCAUAAACCAAAAAAGAAUUAAGGAAUAAAACAAAGGCAUGCAGAAGAGAAGAAAAG